GAGGAGCCUGAGCGGGUCUGAGUGUGCUUUUAUCAUUGAGUGUGGUGGAGGAGCGACUGCAGACUCUCCUCUCCUCUGCUCUCCUCUCACUCGACUGCAGAGCUCCACUUUGUUCCGUUAAGAUCCACAGGGCACAAUCAUGGAGGAAAUGGACUUUGAGCGGCGCCGGGAGCUGAGGAGGCAGAAGCGGGAGGAGAUGCGCCUUGAAGCUGAACGGAUGUCAAGGAAUGAUGACGACGAGGAGGAGGCCGCCCGCGAGAGGAGACGCAGGGCGCGGCAGGAGAGGAUGAAGAGCAGGGAGAGCGAGGACUCCAGCGGCCAGACGGACAGCCUGGUCAUGACCAACAGCCACAGUGUGACAGAAACCGUGUCUGUCAGCAGCUCCUACGGAGGCGGUGGAGACGAUGAUGACCAAGCCCUGAUGGAUCGCAUGGCCAAACGCGAGGAGAGACGACUGAAACGCAUGAAGGAGGCGAUGGAGAGACAGGACCAGGACUCCACCGCCACGGAGGGCAACGACGGCCUCGCCACCGCCGAGAAGAACAACACAGAGGAGGAGGAGAGGCCCUCCUCCUGGCGCAGGGGACGUAACCGUGACAACGUGGACGAAGAGGAGAAGGCGGCAGCCUACAGCUCGAGAAGGGAGGAUAAGGAGCGGGAGAGGCCAAGAGAGGAAGAGGAGGAGGCCGCUCCUCUGGGAGGAGAGGAGGAGGAAGAGGAGGAGGAGAAAGUUGAAGUAGUGGAAGACAAACCCAGAAGGUCUUACAUGAGAGAACAGGUGAACGAGAGGGCCAGGGAGGACAGAGAGGAGCAGAUGAAGCACAACGGAGGGCUGCAUGAGGAGGCGGCUCCCACACAGCACAGGAAACCCGAGAGGACCCUCAGUCGCGGCAGCAUGCGUUCCCCCGAGGUGUCCGGCGGUGACGAGCAGGACGACGACGCCCGCCUGGAGGCCGAGCGCAAGCUGGAGGAGCUGAAGCGCCGCCGCGACGAGGUGGAGAGCGAGGAGUUCGAGAGGAUGAGGCAGAAGCAGCAGGAGGCCGAAGUGGAGCUGGAGGAGCUGAAGAGGAAGAGGGAGGAGAGGAAGAAGGUGCUGGAGGAGGAGGAGAGGCAGAAGAAGCAGGAGGAGGAGGAGAGGAGAGCCAAAGACGAGGAAGAGAAGAGGAAGAUGAAGGAGGAGAUAGAAAGGAGGAGAGCAGAGGCUGCAGAGAAGAGGCAGAAAGUGGAAGACAUUGUGGACGGGGACGACAAACCCUUCAAGUGUGUCAGCCCCCGAGGAUCGUCUCUGAAGAUCGGAGAGCGAGCAGAGUUCCUCAACAAGUCUGCACAGAAAAGCACAGUGAAGACCGCUCUUUCUCCUGUGGUGUCCAAGAUAGACAACCGGCUGGAACAGUACACCUCGGCUGCUCAGAGAGAGAACAAGGAGUCUCGAUCCCCCCGCUCUGGAGCCGCCGAUCUCCCCAUAGUCACCGACAGCAUACGAAAUAUUAAGAGCAUGUGGGAAAAAGGCGACGUCUUCAGCUCGCCUGGAGGCGGCGGGAGUUCAUUCAAGGAAACAGCUGUGAUUAAAACGGGCGUGGCGGGCCGCAUCAACGACUGGCUGAAUAAAACCCCAGAGGGCAGCAAGACGCCAGGAGGAAGGCCCGCGCAGGACCUGAAGCCGGUUGACGUCACCAACAAGAGGAAUUUAUGGGAAAACAAAGGCGGCACCCCAACAAAGGUGGGAGGUAGAGGGGAGACCAAAUCAGUCGCCAAUGGUAUGGGACACUAAUGUCUCAAAGGAGCCACUAAAGCUGGGGACCACGACAAUCCAAGACUCUUUCUUUUGUUUGUUUUUGUCUUUUUUUUUUUUUAAGCCAAAUAAAGACCACACUCUAGCGAGGGACCCCAAGACAAGACAAAGUGACAGGAGAGACGCUAUCCUCGCACUGUACUGAAACAGCAGCAGCAUAUUUUUAUAGGGUUGCCACGUAUAGUGCCUUUGCACAAAGGUUUUUGCAUUCUUAAAAAAAAAUGCUGUGAAAUUUGGACAUUUGUAAUUUGUAAACAAAACAAAAAAAUCCUUCCAGGAAGUCAGGGGGUGAUUUAAUUUAGAUUUUACUCCGACAGAGUGGAUGAGUUUAAAGUUUCCACAUUCCAAAGAGAUUGGUGAAAUUACUUCUCUCCCUUUUACAGAUUAUUUUCCAUCUCUUUUCUUAUUUAUAUUUAAAGCGAAAGCUUCACACAUUGCUAUUUUAUUCAACGUUCACCUGUUCAGGAUAGAAAUAUAAGCACUUCUAGAAUUUAGCUUAUUUCACUUUUAUUAUGUCUUAACAACAGUGCAGCAAUGGUCUGAGUAAUGUAAGUUAGCACAUGUGAUGUUUUUAAUAUGACCUAUCAUACUGUAUCAUAUAUAACAUCUGUAUACUCAUCGCAAAAGGUAUUGUUAUUUUUUUGUUUUUAUUUGUUUAGUAUCCCAAACUAUUCACCAACAGGCAGUUUAUUUUGAAGGCGAUAGGAGUGCUGAAUAUUCAGAAGGCCAUUAUGACUCAUAUCCUUUGUCAUUUUUUUAAUUUAAGUUUAAAUGUGUCUUGUUUUAUCUUUUUCUACCUGUUCUUGUUAGCAUCAAACAUUCCACUUUAAAUGCACAUGGUGCCUUUGCUGCUUAAAGCUGCAGGUUUUAUAAUUGUAAGGAAUAUGUGAAAAUCACCCAUCUUUUAUAUUCUACUAUUCUAUUCAUAGUAACUUUUUCAUUGUCUCUAUUCACACUCUCAUAACAGCAGUUCUUGUCAGAUAAAGGACCUAAAAAGUAAAAUCAGGGUGCCUAAGUAUUUAGCAUGACAGCCGUGCAAGGAUAUUUACCACUAUGUAAAACCGCUUGCCUAAUGAUUGCAAUGACAACAUUUACAAGGUCGGAGAAACAGUAUAAAAGAGCCUUGUAGCAACAAUAUGUCUUGGAAACUUGUGACCGUCCUGUUUUUCGCUCACAUGUUCGUAGCUUAGCUUUAUAGGUAGAUCAUAGCUAAGCUAUAAGUAGCUUUUUGCUUCACUUUUCUGUGUUACAUUAUCAGUCUCACAUGGUUGUGAAAUAAUUUUGGCUCAUAGGUUAGCUACUUAUAACUAAGUUGAAAGCUAUAAGUAGCUCAUAGCUAAGCUAUAUGAGUAUCAGCUAGAUACUAGCUAAUUAUCGCUCAGCUAUAAGCUCGAUAUGAGCCACUUAUAAUUCAGAUAAAGCUAGAUACGAGCUACUUAUAGCUGAACUAUAGGCUCAUAUGAGCUUACGGCUAGAUAGGAGCUACCUACUGUAUAGCCAUGCUAUAAGGUAAUAGCUUAGCUAUAAAUAGCUCAUGUCUUAGCUAUGAGCUACUUAUAGUUAAGCUGUGAGUUUAGCUGUAGGUAAACUAAGCUAAGAACUUGGUUAUACUGAGCUAAACCAAGUUCUUAGCUCAAAUGAGAUAAGCUAAGCUUAAUUCUUAGCUUAAUUUACCUAAUUGUAGUUUAGCUUAACGAAGCUUAGUCAUAGCCUUUGUGGCACAAGGUUUGAUAAGAAUGUGAGCGGUUUGUCAGGGCAUUAAAUUGAUUGAUUUCACUGCUCAAGAGUCUGACAAUCACAUUCCACAGCUCCUGAAUAGAGCAGGGGAGCUUGACCAAAAUAUUUAUAAGAUAGGAUUAAUGCAACAUUUUAUAUUUUUUAUCUUGAUAAAGUUGUUUCAUUAUGCUGUAUUUUGUACAACCUUGUGUCCAUGUAUCUAGACGGAUUGUUUACCACUAUGUAAACCCUCUCGCUUUAUGAUUGGAAUGACAUUUACCAUUUCUGAAAAACAGCAUAUAAAAGCCUUUUCGCAACAGUAUGACAUUGAGACGGGACCUUUACGUUUAUUUUUUUACUUACAUUCCUAGAUGCUAUGCUACUUACAGCUUAGCUAAAGCUUUGUUUAUGUAAACAGAGCUAUACGUUAGCGAAGGUUGCUAAACUCUUAGUUUAGCUCAGCUUAUCUUAGCUUGCUUAGUAGUAGCUUGUGCAGCACAUGACUUAAAAAGAACAUGAGCAGUUUGUCAGGGCAUUAAUUUCAAUGCGUAAUGUUAUUGAUAAGAUGCUGACAAUCACAUUCCACGGCUCCUGAAAAGAACAGGGGAGCUUGACCAAAAUAUUUUAAAAAGUGAAUUAAUGUGACAGUUAAUGUUUCAUUUUGUUUUGUUUUUUUAAUACAGUGCUUUCUUAAUGCUGUAUUUUGUACGACCUUGUGUCCAUAUAAUGUUUUUUUUUCUUUUCCUUUUUUUCAUUUCCAUGUUUAACCAGGCACUUGUUUGUGUAGCGCUACGCCUAUGCAAAACACAUUAUCUGUACUCUUUCUCCCAAUGUCAUGCAACUUUUUAAGUGGAUGAAUGUUUUUAACAUUGUACCCUUGACUCAACAACAGCAAUAAAGACAUUGAGGUAUUUCA